AUGGCUCCUCUCGCUGACUCUCUCGCUAGCAUCGCUCCCUUUUCGUUUCCACCCCAUUUGAGAAGUUAUUUGCACGCGAAGACGCCCCUCUCGACGCCUCAAGAGGUGUUUCCGACAUUGGCUGGCUACCUCGUCACCAUAUUCAGUAUACGACAUGUUAUGAAAGAUCGUCCACCAUUUAAGCUUCAGUUCCUGUUCCAAGUGCACAACGCGCUCCUCAGUAUUGGCAGUGCGGUCCUACUUGCUUUGCUUCUAGAACAAAUCCUACCAAUGGCGUGGAAACACGGGGUGUUCUGGGCUUUGUGCGACGAGGAUAUGUGGACAGAUAGACUUGAAUUCUACUACUUAAUGAAUUACUAUUUUAAGUACAUCGAGCUCUUCGACACGGUCUUCCUAGCUCUCAAGAAGAAGCCUCUAGCUUUCUUGCACGUGUAUCACCACUCUGCCACUGCUUUACUCUGUUACACUCAGCUCAACGGGAAAACUAGUGUACAAUGGGUCCCUAUUUCGAUCAAUCUGGGUAUCCACGUUCUAAUGUAUUACUAUUACUUCGCGACUGCCGGUGGUGCCAGGAUCUGGUGGAAGAAGCACUUGACGACCAUGCAAAUCGUCCAAUUCGUAGUCGAUCUUUUCGUCGUCUACUUCGCAACCUACUCGUAUUUCUCUGCCACCUACCUGAAGGGUUGGCCUACGAUGGGUUCUUGCGCAGGAACAGAGUCGGCUGCUCUUUUCGGUUGCGGGCUGUUGUCGAGCUACCUGGGUCUAUUCAUUCAGUUUUACGUCAACACGUACAACAAGCCGGCAAAGGGCAAGAGUGCAAAAGCGAACGGCAAGCCUUUGGCCAACGGCAACGGCGUCGCGAAUGGUCAUGCGCACAAAACGGAGUGA